GUCUAAAUUGGAUUUAGUACUGUUGGACUACAGCUCCCAGUAGCCUCUGCAAACUCCUUUUUUUUUUUUCCUUCUUAUAAAUGAAACCAGUUCUGAGCAGGGGAUGGUGGGAGUUGUAGGCCAAUAACAAGUAAAGCAACUGCCACAAUCCUGUGUCAGAUCCCAGCCAAUAGUAACCCAGAUCCUGUCCCUUUUCUUCCUUCCAGCUGUAGCCAAGUGCAAUGGCCGAGAGACCCGAAGAUCUCAACUUGCCCAACGCCGUGGUCACGCGGAUCAUUAAGGAGGCUCUCCCAGAAGGGGUUAAUAUCUCCAAAGAAGCGCGCAGUGCAAUAUCCCGGGCGGCCAGUGUCUUUGUACUGUAUGCGACAUCUUGUGCCAAUAACUUCGCCAUGAAGGGGAAGCGCAAGACUCUCAAUGCGAGUGAUGUUUUGGCUGCGAUGGAAGAGAUGGAAUUCCAGCGAUUUCUUACACCUCUGAAAGAAUCCUUGGAAGUUUACAGGCAGGAUCAGAAAGGUAAGAAAGAGGCCACAGAGCAGAAGAAGAAAGACAAGGAGAAAAAGGCCGACUCUGAGGAUCAGGACAAGAGCCGGGAAGAGGAGAACGAGGAGGAAGAUGAGAAGAUGGAAGAAGAUGAAGUAGUGGAAGAGGAGGAAGUUGAGAACUGACCACAAGACAACAUGACGGAACUUUGUGGCCCCUCCCUGGGGGUCCUUGUUUUGCCGUGUCACAUGAUUUUGCUUCCUAUACAAUGAGAUUUAGGGUAGGACUACACGGCCGACUUGGAUGCGUUUCCGUCGGAUCCGACGCUGGGCGACAAAACGCCCGCGUCAAGUCAGAUGCGACGGGAAACGAGGUAAUUAGUACAAGUGUCGCAGCGUUCGUCCGAUGCGACACAACUGUCAGAUGCAGUGGCAGCAUGCAGUGUUUGCAUACGAACGCUCCGACACCAUGCAACUUUUGUAUUAAUUACCUUGUUUCCCAUCGCAUCCGACUUGACGCGGGCGUUUUGUCGAGCAUUGUCGGAUCUGACGGUAACGCAUCCAAGUCGGCCUUGUAGUCCUACCCUUAAGGUUGGAUUUAUUUACUGCAUCGCUGCCAAAGAGGUUGCACCACUAUUACCCUCCAACCCAAGGGCUGUGGGUGCUUAUUCUCUCCUGGGCCUGCCCUGUGCUGUUAGAUGGCAGCCCUCCUAUGGUUUACAUGUGGCACAGUGCCAGGCGGGCAGCUCUAUACCCAGUGUGAUGGGAGUCGUUGUAUAUCAGUGGAGAUUGUGAUAUUAAAUGUUUCUUUUGUUA